CACUACCUACAAACAUCAUAACUACCUAUUCACCUCUCUUCUCCGUCCCAAGUUGUCGUUAACAUGAAAACCCUAACACUCUUAUUCGCACUUUCCCUUUAUCUCCUUCCCAACCCAACUUAUUCCACGUCCAAUCCCAUCCGCCUCCCCACCGCCGACGUGGCAGUAACGUCCGGUGAAACUCCGGUGGUGGACACCGACGGAGACGCGCUCCGGGCCGGCGAAACGUACUACAUAACCUCCACCUUUUGGGGAGCCGCCUCGGGAGGAGUGCAACUUGCUUGGUUAGAUUCGACGACGAAAUGCGCGAGCGACGUGAUCAAAUCGCGGGCCUUAACGGACGGCGACCCGAUUAGGAUCACGCCGGCGGACCCGAACGCCACCGUAGUCUUGCCGUCGACGUUCCAGAGCUUCGCGUUCUUCGUUCCGACGUCCAGGCUUUGCGUGAGUAGUGUGUAUUGGGGUAUCCGGUUCGACCGGGCUUCCGGGCAAUAUUUCUUGAAAUCCGGCGAGUUUGUCUCCAACCUUAGCGGCCAGUUCAAGAUUGAAGUCGUACCAGACUCCUUUCUCAAUUACAAAAUCACUUAUUGUCCGUUCGGCACCGACAAAUGCUACAACGUUAGCACAUACAUCGACGAGUCGGUCGGGGCUGAGCGUUUUGCUCUGUCUGCCGAUUUUGCGUUCACUGUUUUGUUCAAGAAAGCUAAAUUCUGAUUUAACACUGUGAGCUGAUAUAUGGGUUCUUGGAUUGGCAAGAAAUUUUGCUUUUUAAUUUGUGUUCAAGAAAGCUAAAUAAGUGACGUUAAUUAGUUGCUGGUUUGACAAUGUACAACAAAUUCUCAAUUGUUGUGUUGCCUAAACUUGAUGAUCUUUAAAUAAACAAGCAUAAAU